AUGAGUGAGGAGUGUGUGCCACCCGAGUGGUUCUACGAUGGGGAGAUGCGUAAUGACAAUCUGACGGACGGGAUGAAGCGGACGUUGUUGCAAUGGAGCGAGUGUGAGCGGCACGAAUUGGAUUACGCGUUGCAGUUGCAAAAGGAUCGGUUGGAGACGUUAUUGGUGUGUGCGGGGCGCGAGGCAUGGUGUAGAUUGGGCUAUCGGGUGGUACAGUUGGAGCGGCAGUAUGACCGUUUGCGUUUGACGUUGGAGGCGGAAGAGUUGGCUCAAUUUCGGCCGUUGCCUCGUGGUGGAGAGGUUCAAUUGUUUAGGGCAUUACGUCCUCGCAUGUCGGUUGCACGUGGAGAUGUGUUCGAUAUUGUGUGCUGCGAGGACACGACCACGAGCACUUCGCGGUUGGACUAUGUCGGCGUCUUGACGUCUACUCCCAAACCAAUCUCACCGCUGCAAGAACUAUUACUGGAGACCCCACCGCGGAUGCCUACCUACGUGCCAAUUGACGAAUUCCGUGUGCAUACACACCCUCGGGUCGCGCCUCUUCUCGACCCAGCCAAACACCUGUUCAACACAAAGCAGAGCCAGGCCAUCGAACGCGCACUACGCGCAGACCCCAUUGCCAUCAUCGAGGGCCCCCCCGGAACCGGGAAGACACGUCUGUUAGCUGUGAUCAUCAACGUGUUACGGAAGCUCGGAAAUCGGGUGCUCGUGACCGCGCCAACCAAUGAAGCCACGAACAGUCUACUCAGUGCAUGCAUCGAGACGGAACAUAUGAGACAUUCCAUGCGCUGCGGCAGCAUCUCACGAUGCCAUGGCGCCGCACAAGAAGUACAUGUCGACCAUCUCGUCCGUUGCGACACCUCCAUAGGAAUGAAACUUCAGCAACUCGAACAACGAUUCUGGGGGAACCUUGACGCGCCCAGACCACCAGACACCGCCCAGGACGCUCUAGAAAAGGAGCGACUCGCCCUACUUACACAGGGCUACGCAGAGCUUGAUGCCGAGAACCGUGUCGUCUUCAGCACCUGCUUCGGUGUACGAGCGCAGGAGUGGCUACAACCCUUCGACUGGGUCAUUAUCGACGAAGCCGGCAAGUGCCAAUCCGUUGACGCACUCAUUGCCUCCGAUCGCGCCAGGAAAGCUAUUCUGGCCGGAGACGUGUGUCAAUUGCAACCCACUGUGCACACACAAUUUGCGCGCUCCCAGUCCUACCAGGAAAGCAUCCUCGAACGCUGUCUGCGUCAGCUCAAACAGCUCAACACGCUCCUCGACGUCCAAUACCGCUCGAACGAGAAAAUUUCGCUCUGGUCUUCGCGCAAAUUCUACAAGAAGCAAUUGCGAGCCGCCGAUGCUAAUCGGAACAUUGUGAUAGCACCGGAAAUCGAACCGCUGGUUUUCAUCAGCACCCAGACCAGUCCUGACUUCCGUGAAGACCGCGGUGACAGCCAGUUUUCGUUGCGCAAUUUCUUCGAAGCGCACCUUUGCAUCCUGUACAUCGAGCAGGUACUGUUGCCGUAUUUGGAUGGCACGAAGAAAGGCUUCUGCAAGACCGUUAUGAUUGUUUCGCCGUACAAGGCGCAGGUGGAGUAUGUCACAAAGCUGUUGAACGAUUGCCCCUGGUCGCGCACAUAUCAAGUUCGCGCCGGCACCAUCGACUCUUUCCAGGGCCAAGAAGCCGAUGCCGUACUCAUCUCUCUGGUGCGAUCCAACUACUCUGGUGAUAUUGGUUUCAUUGCAGACCGUGGUCGGAUUAAUGUCGCUGUUACACGCGCCAAACGACACGUCUGCGUUAUCGGGGACCGACGAACUCUCUGCACCAGGGAACCCUUGUUUCGAUCCCUCACCAAAAUCUUCGAGUCACACGGGGUCAUUAAGCCUGUGGCCGACCUCAUCAAACCUGAAUGGGUUAAACGCAUUGCAGCGCUUCGUCUCCAAGAUGCGGACCACCACGCACAGGCACUCGACGCCAUCGACCAAGGACUGGAACGUGGUCUGCACAUGACAGAACGCCCGCGAUCCGCACACCCAAGCUUCGCCCACCCAGACUUCGCGCAGUCUAACUCAAUAUCGCGGUCUCAGCAUCCGGUGCCGGAAACUGAGACCCCGGAAUCCGAGGUCCCGGGCUCGAAACCUCGAUCCGGACCUCGGUCGGGAGGUCACGACACCGUACAACACAAAAGCACAGACCAGGUAAUGGUACCGCUGCGCACUGCAGGCGCCGUACGCAGUUGGGAACUGACGCGUGCCCCGGUACUGCCACCGCCGCGCAAUGUCCAGAGCAACCCGUUCGGCAAACAUCCAUCUGUCAGCGACUCACCCGAAUCCGACCUGAGCGAACGGUACCCUCUCCAAGAUGCUGAACCCGAAGACCCUAAUGAGACAAAUAGCCGUGCGGCCACUGGAAGUCGUGCUCCCAGUGACCGCGACCGUGCUGCCGGUGGUCGUGAUUCCAAUGGGCGUGAUCCCAAUUCUCGCGAUCCUUGCGGACGUGAUUACGAUGGUCGUGAUCCUAGUGGAUGUGAUCCGAGCGGACGUGAUCCUAGUGGACGUGCUGUCAGUAACCGCUUGCCCUCCCACCGAGAAUUCUUGGAAGAGGAGAUUCCCUUUGAUUACGAGUCACGUUACUACAUUCCGAGGGAUCGUGUCUAUCAGUACGGUAGCUACAGGGAACAAGAGCUUAGGCUGCCGGGAUAUAGUAGACUGUCGGAACAUAGUGGGCUGCCGGAAUAUAAUAGGCUGUCGGAAUAUAGUAGGCUGUCGGAAUAUAGUAGACUGCCGGAAUAUAGUAGGCUGUCGGAAUAUAGUGGGCUGCCGAUUUCUGGUAAAGCAGCUGAGCGCCAGGUUUACAGGCCGAGUUCAAGGGCCUUGCCCGACGUGAGCGAAGCGUAUCCACACGACAUGUCGUAUGAUAGCCGAUUUGAAACCUAUGACGAACCGUAUCCUGCAGAAGGGUAUCAGAAUGUCGGUCAGCGGUAUGGGUGGACGAAUGAUCGGGUUGGCCCGAGUGGCCAGCAGUACGGUUCGGCAGAGGGGCAGUAUCGCUCGGAUGAAAAGUAUGAUGCCGCGCAAGAGCGUAGCCGGCGCAAGGCUCGCUACGACCGGGAAGAGGAAAGAUAUGCCCCAGAAUCCGGACGUUAUGGCGCAGAAGACGGACGGCACCCGCCUCGUACGUCCUUUAGAACUUACGCUCCGCGUGAAGGACCGGUCGACGAAGCGGAAGAACCCGCGUCUGCCCGACGGCCGAGGAGAGGGCUGUACAACCAAGAUGACAGUUCGGCCGAGAACGCCGGCGGAGAAUCCCGGCCCGUACGAUACCAAGAAGGUUAUGCAGGUCGCGACCGGUUCAGCGAGGGGCCUUACGACGAAGCGCCUUACGACGAAGCGCCUUACGACGAAGCGCCUUACGACGAACCUUAUGUCCGCUUGUCUGGCCCCCGGCAGUCGUACGAUUACCCGUAUCAUCCAGACGACUCGCGACAACCUUAUGAAGACGACGACCACCAAAGCUACCACCGAUCGCCAAACGCGCACGAGAUGGAAUACGGAGGAGGGCAACAUAAUGAAAUCGGAUAUGCACAGCAAGAAGUUGACAACGUAAGGAACGACGAGCAUCGCGGUAUCCAAAUGCAAGCGCGAAUCCCUACACGGAGAGCGCGAGGCGGCAAGAGGGAAUUAUAG